CGGCCGCCCGCCCUCCCGGGCCUCGCCUCUGGCCGCUCCCUCCGCCUCCUCCCCGCCCCGAGCCCCCAUCCGCCCGUCCUUCCUUCCCCUCCCGUGCAUGAUGGAAACACCAUGGCUGCGGCGGCCCAGCUCUCCCUGACACAGUUAUCAAGUGGGAAUCCUGUAUAUGAAAAGUACUAUAGACAGGUUGAUACGGGCAGUACUGGAAGGGUAUUAGCUUCUGAUGCUGCUGCUUUCCUGAAAAAAUCAGGGCUUCCCGACCUAAUACUUGGAAAGAUUUGGGAUUUGGCUGACACCGAUGGCAAAGGUGUCCUGAGCAAACAAGAAUUCUUCAUUGCUUUGCGUCUUGUGGCAUGUGCUCAGAAUGGAUUGGAGGUUUCACUGAGUAGCUUGAACUUGGCUGUUCCUCCACCAAGAUUUCAUGAUACCAGUAGUCCCUUGCUAAUCAGUGGAACCUCUGCAGCUGAGCUCCCAUGGGCCGUAAAAUCUGAAGAUAAGGCCACAUAUGAUGCAAUUUUUGAUAGUUUAAGCCCAGUAAAUGGAUUUCUGUCAGGUGAUAAAGUGAAACCAGUGUUGCUCAACUCUAAGUUACCUGUGGAUAUCCUUGGAAGAGUUUGGGAAUUGAGUGAUAUUGAUCAUGAUGGAAUGCUCGACAGAGAUGAGUUUGCAGUUGCCAUGUUUUUGGUAUACUGUGCAUUGGAGAAAGAACCUGUGCCAAUGUCCUUGCCUCCAGCCUUGGUGCCACCUUCUAAGAGGAAAACGUGGGUUGUAUCACCUGCAGAAAAAGCUAAAUAUGAUGAAAUCUUCCUGAAAACUGACAAAGAUAUGGAUGGAUUUGUGUCUGGACUAGAAGUUCGUGAAAUCUUCCUAAAGACAGGUUUACCUUCUACCUUACUAGCCCAUAUUUGGGCAUUGUGUGUCACAAAGGACUGUGGGAAGCUUUCAAAGGAUCAGUUUGCCUUGGCUUUUCACUUAAUCAAUCAAAAGUUAAUAAAGGGCAUUGACCCUCCUCACGUUCUUACUCCUGAAAUGAUUCCACCAUCAGAUAGGGCCACUUUUCAGAAGAACAUCAUAGGAUCAAGUCCUGUUGCAGAUUUCUCUGCUAUUAAGGAGCUAGAUACCCUUAACAAUGAAAUAGUUGACCUACAGAGGGAAAAGAAUAAUGUGGAACAGGACCUUAAGGAGAAAGAAGAUACCAUUAAACAGAGGACGUGUGAGGUUCAGGAUCUUCAAGAUGAAGUUCAAAGGGAGAAUACUAAUCUGCAAAAGCUACAGGCUCAGAAACAGCAAGUACAAGAACUCCUUGAUGGACUGGACGAGCAGAAAGCCCAGCUGGAGGAGCAACUCAAGGAAGUCAGAAAGAGAUGCGCUGAGGAGGCCCAGCUGAUCUCAUCCUUGAAAGCUGAAUUAACUAGUCAAGAAUCACAGAUCUCCACUUAUGAGGAAGAGCUGGCCAAAGCUAGGGAAGAGCUGAGUCGCCUACAGCAAGAGACAGCAGAACUAGAGGAGAGUGUGGAGUCAGGGAAGGCUCAGCUGGGUCCUCUUCAGCAGCACCUGCACGAUUCACAGCAGGAAAUCAGUUCAAUGCAGAUGAAACUGAUGGAAAUGAAAGAGCUGGAAAACCAUAAUACUCAAUUAAAUUGGUGCAGUAGCCCACACAGCAUUCUUGUAAAUGGCGCUACAGAUUAUUGCAGCCUGAGCACCAGCAGCAGUGAAACAGCCAACCUGAAUGAGCAUGCUGAAGGCCAGAGCAACCUAGAGUCUGAGCCCAUACACCAGGAGUCUCCAGCGAGAAGUAGUCCUGAGAUACUGCCUUCUGGUGUGACUGAUGAAAAUGAAGUGGUGACUGCAGCUGUUAAUGAAAAAGGUUGUCCUGAAUUUAAUAGUGACAGACAUUCAAAAGAGGAUGAUCCAUUUACUGUAGAAUCAAGUUCAGUGACAGAUCCAGUUACAGAUACAAACUUGGAUUUUUUCCAGUCUGAUCCUUUUGUUGGCAGUGAUCCUUUCAAGGAUGAUCCUUUUGGGAAAAUUGAUCCGUUUGGAGGUGAUCCUUUCAAAGGUUCAGACCCAUUUGCAUCUGACUGUUUCUUCAAGCAAUCUUCUACUGAUCCUUUUGCCACUUCAAGUACUGACCCUUUCAGUGCAGCCAGCAAUAGCAGUAAUACAUCAGUGGAAGCAUUGACACACAAUGAUCCUUUUGCUCCUGGUGGAACAGUUGUUGUUGCAGCUAGUGAUUCGGCCACAGACCCAUUUGCGUCUGUUUUUGGAAAUGAAUCAUUUGAAGGCGGAUUUGCUGACUUCAGCACAUUGUCAAAGGUCAACAGCGAAGAUCCUUUUAGUUCAGCUGCAUCAAGUACUGUCAGCAAUGUGAUUGUUACAAAAAAUGUGCCUGAGGAAGCAUCAGUCAAAAGUGAAGAUAUACCCCCAGCACUGCCACCAAAGGUCGGAACUCCAACAAGACCCUGCCCACCACCACCUGGGAAAAGACCUAUCAACAAAUUGUAUUCUUCCUAUCCCUUUAAACUGAAUGAUCCAUUUCAGCCUUUCCCAGGCAAUGAUAGCCCCAAAGAAAAAGAUCCUGAUAUGUUUUGCGAUCCAUUCACUUCUACCGCUACUACCACUGCCAAUAAAGAGGCUGACCCAAGCAAUUUUGCUAACUUCAGUGCUUAUCCCUCUGAAGAGGAUAUGAUUGAAUGGGCCAAGAGGGAAAGUGAGAGAGAGGAAGAGCAGAGGCUUGCCCGACUGAAUCAGCAGGAGCAAGAAGACUUAGAAUUAGCUAUUGCACUCAGCAAAUCCGAGAUUUCAGAAGCAUGAAGAAUUCUCCUGUCCUUUGUCAACCAUACAAUACUCUUCUUCCUGAAUACCGAAGCUAUUUACAGUGUGUAUCAAAACUACCUAUGAGCAUGGGAAUACAAAAGGUUUGAGAUUCCUAUAAAUGUGACAAAAGGUUUUGUUUUUUUAAAAAACUCCAUUUCAGAUUUGUCUUUUUUUUCCCGCUGUAAAAGCGGCAAUCCAGUCAGACAACUUCAGCUAGGCCCCUGUUCUGGUGUGCAUUUACUGUGAGCUUUUGCCUGCCUGUGCUACUUUUACUGUAAAGCUAGAGCACCCAAGCUUCUGCUUUCUGGAAUAUAGAGAAAAAGCUUCACCCCUGUGCUACCCUUAUUCUGUAGUUACUCUGAUGAUAGCCAGUGGGGUUCUUAAAGUUUGCAGUAUUCUUCCCUGAUUUAAAUGGAUGAGGGAGGGGAAAGGAAGGAACAUCCUAUUUCUUUUAUGAUAGUGCAGAUUGGCUAAUUCGAAGUGCAUGUUUGUAUUUCCAUAUAAUCAAAAUACUGUUUAAUUUGUUUUUUUUUAAUAGACAAGGAAAACUAUUUUGCAUAAAUAGACUCCACUAUCGAAGAAGGGAUGCUUUAGGAUUAACCUUUACAGCUUCAGACUCAAUCUUUUCCUAAAUAAAAAUGCUAAAGCCUCAUGCGUGAAAUAUAUUUAAAUUUUUUUUUUCUGGAUUUAAAGAAUUAUAGAUGAACAGAUAGCUCUCCAUAAUUUUAAGUGUUAGACAGUGGAGAAAAUUUAUCACCUAAAAUAUACCCAUCAGUGUAAGGUAAGCAGAACUCUUAACAUGGCAGCCAUUCUGCCAUUGCUAUAGCACUGCUCUCUUUAGUUCAUGGUAGAUUUAUUUUUGUACUUUUGCAGAAGAAACUUUAGCAAGCUAGAACUGGAAGGUACUUUAAUUUUUUGUAUAUAUAUAUUUUUGUUUUCUUUAAUGAAGGCUCAAUUACUUGAAAUGUAAAAACUUUCACUGAACACAAAUGAAAAAAGUCACAUGCAUUAAAUCAUAUUAUUGAUUUUUGUCCAUCUUUGUGUUUUAAAAUAGUUUAUUCUCUUCAUGUUUUCUGCCUAUGAAGUUGGCAGGCUAACAACAACAAAAGUCUUGUUUUUUUAAUUUAGAGAGAAGAGACCUGCCAAGUUAUCAGAUCUCUUCAUAUGUUAAAAGCUUGUCUCCUAUAAAAUUGACCUAGCAGACAAGCUGAGUUUGAAAUAGUCUGUGAAGUAGGCUGUAAAUUGUAAUCUUAAUUUUUUUUAACAUUAGUUACUGACUUAGGUAAUGUAUUGAAUACCUAUUUACCAAGAUAAAGAAAAAUACACCUAAAAACUAAUUAAUAGUCUCUGUGGUCACAAAGUCAAAGUGGUAUUGAUCUGUGUAAAGCAAAAUAACUUAUUACCUAGCCUAUGAAUAAAUUCCAAAAUAUCCAAUUCAUUUCAUAUUGAAAUGGUGCUUUUUUUUCUCUCCACACACGAUUGGACUGCUGCAGUUUAAAACAAACAAACCACUUCCUUGCACUGCUAACUUUUUUCUACUUUUAUAAAUUGGAACAGUUCAGCAUAAAAAAUCAUACAUGUGAAGCAAGGGCUGAAUCAUAACCACAAGGCUUUAAUUUUGAUAAACUUAUCCAGUGACUAAGGAUGUAUUGUAAAAGUCGAUUGAGAAGGUAGUGUUGGGAAUUGUGGUAGGUAGUGGUUUUGGGUUUUUUUCUUCCCCUUAAACUUCAGGAGAAAGGUAAGUUGUCUUAAACAACCUUAUUUUGCACUGGGAAAAUGAACAGAUGUUUGAAAUGCUUUUAAUAUUUUUUUUUAAAUUAAAAUCUCUGGAAAAUAUUAAAUAUCUGUAACUUAUAAACACCAACUUUUGAUGUAAUAAGUGUACCCUAACCUUGUGUAUGUUUAACUGGAUUACAUAGAUUCUUAUCUUUUGUUAAAAUAUGUAUACUCAGUGGACCAAUAUAAUAUUAAAGUAUGUAUAUAUUAUAUAAAUAUAAA